UUUCAGUUCCCGUUUGAGCAGUCAGGUGCGCGUAAAAGUCACAGAAGAUCAAAACCUCGAGAGCGCACUACUGAUCCGUCAUUUUCUCCUUGAUCUUCGAUCACGUUAGUAGAGCAACGAAAAUGAUUCCAGCGUCGCUUUAUUGCACGGUGCACAUCGCGUAUUAUCUCUGGUACGGGAACCCGGUUCACGAUGGAAAGUGGAUGCAUUGGGACCACAAGACCCUCCCGCACUGGGACCCGAAGGUGGACCAACGGCACGAACACAAAACGCGCCACGCUCCGGAGCAGGACCGCGGACAUGCCAAGUACCGGCCGCUGCGCGGGUGGUACAGCAGCCGCGAUUCUGCAGUGAUGGAGGAGCACAUGCGGGAGCUGGCGUCUAUGGACAUCGACAGCUUUAUGUUCUCCUGGUGGGGCCGCCCCGACGUGUCCAAACGCGACGACGCGGAUUCCGGGGCCGAUACGGAUCAGCUGGUGGACAUGGCACUGCAGCUCGGCGCGAAACGCGGCGUGAAGUUUUCCUUCCACGUCGAGCCGUACGGCGGUCGAAGCCCGGAAACGUUUCGCCAGGACGGCGAGUACAUAGCGCAAAAGUACUUGACGGCUCUAAAGUCCACCUCGUCUCCAAAAAGCGAAGGCUCGUCGGAGCACCAAAACCUUGCGUUUUUUGUGUACGACGUGAGCAGCCGGCACACACCUAACCUGCAGGAGAAACUCGAGUGGCGGCAGACUCUCGAGUACCUGAGAAAGCUUUUCACGGAAACGUACCAGGUGACGCCCUAUUUCUUCUGCCUCUGGAUCGAAAACAUGAGAGACGUGGUCUUUGUAAAAGAGGUCGGCUUUGACGGCGGCUACUCCUAUUUCGCGGCGAAUGGUUUUACUCCCGCCAGCUCCCCUGCGGCAAACUGGGAACAGAUGCCGGUGGACCACUUUGUCCCGAGCGUUGGGCCCGGCUACGACGACGUCCGGAUUCGGCCCUGGAACGCGCACAACGUGCGGCCGCGUCGGGAAAGUGCCUACUACGACGACAUGUGGCAACGCGCGAUGCCCUUCAACAUGGUCACCAUAACCAGCUACAACGAGUGGGGAGAAAGCACGCAAAUCGAGCCGGCCUUCGACUUCAAGAACGUAAGCAGUGCUGGUGCUGUCGAUGAAGAAGCAUUAGGGUCUGCUGCUCUCGCCAGUGCUUCUAGCUCUGCAAGUAGCUACUACGACCAGUAUCCAGAAAACAAUGCCUAUUUCUACACUGACAGAACUCGUGCCUGGGUGCAGAGGUACAAGGCUGAAUGCCGCAACAGACUAGGAAUAGAUAGUGAUGAUCGCGUUGUAGAUUCAGGGAAAAACCUCGCAGACAAAAAAGCGGAGGAGCUGUAG